AUGGAUAGACAGUUAUAGCGUUAGUCAUCGAUGGACUCAAACAAAGAGAAGCGUCAAAACAUCAAGUCGAGUCUCGAGCAAUAGCAUCAACUGAAUAAGCAAAAGUUUUAAGAUCCCUUUUUCAUCUAAAUUGGAGAAGCAGGAACUGAAACUAGCAACUUGAAAAUUGUCAAGCAAAAAAAGAAAGUUGAUGAUAAUGAGACAGAGACAAGGCCUGGUUCACAAGGAAUGAAUUAAAGAAGGUUGCUUGAUUCAUCACAAAGAAUGAACAGUAGCGCUAAUUAGAGAACUUCAUCAAUAACUUUAAGGAAAGGCCCAGGCUAAGUCGUUCAAGAAGCGAAAGAGGAAGACGAGUAAAGUCCUAAAAAAGGUGGAAGAGCUGCAAGUCCUACGAGAAAUAAUUAUAGCAGAACUACUUCUCUCCCUAAAGGAUAGAAGAAGGAUGGGAAUGGAACCAUUUCAGAAUCAGAAAACUUUGAAAAGAUUUCUGAUGAUGCUAGUACUAUCAAAACUUUGCCUUAAUUGGUUAAACUUGACAUUAACCUUGAUACUUUGAAGAACUUUUUAGAAGACAUUCAAGAAGCCAUAAAUGAUCAUGCCAAGUAGUUAGGUGUGGUUCAAAGUGACAUGAAGAAGAAAGCCAAUGAGAAAACAAUUAGUCACUACUUCUUAAAAAUUAGUGAGGGACUACACAAAGAAUGCGGUGAGCGCCCACAUGCCUUUAGACUGGAGCACGAAUCUUAGAAUUUCCUCUCAGACAAUUUUCAAACAGAAGAUUCAGUAUUACUGAAACGCUAGUCUGAGAAGUUACAAGAGAAACUUGAGAUCAUAGGCUUAAACAUCAUUAAUAUGAAUAAAUAUAAGACUCUCACUGAUGAUAGACUAGAAAGACUUGAGAGAAUCAUCCCUAAAUGCUUCACCAUUGAUUAAUUUAGAGAAGAGAGCUAAUAAUAAGAAUAAAGAACCUUAACUUACAUUAAUAACUAGCUUGGGACAUUUCAAGAAAACUUGAAUGGAUAUAAAAAGGAAUUAAAUGAAGCUUUAACUUUCUUUGAGAAGAAAGUAAAUGAUAAUCAAUCUGAAACUCUAUGGCGAAUCAAGGACUGCGAAGAAUUAUUGAAGUCAAGGGUUAGUGAUAAGUUUGUCAUUGAUGCUAUAAAAUCUAUUGAGGAUAAAUUAAGCAAGACAAUGGCAUACAACGAUGAGAAGCAAAUUGAAAGGCUUGAAAAAUCUUUCAAGGAGCUUGGAAUUAGAGUGGUAUAGACUAAUCAGUUCUUUUAGGAAAAAUUUGAUGAUCUUAGGAAGAUUAUAUCGAUAUAUGAUAAUAAGAUCUAAAACUUAGCUACUAAUGACAAGUUAAUCAGUGUUCAGACUGGCUAUAGAGAUAUGAAGUAUAACUUUGAGAGAGAAAUGGAAAUGCUUUAGGAGCAUGUCAAGGAGACAAAAGAUAAGAUUGGAGAGCUAAAUAAGAGAUUUUCUAAUUUAGAAUUAGCCACUAUGUCACUAGCUAAUGGAGGAGAUUUUACUUAUCAUACUGCUAAUAAUAACAAUCAAAACUAAAGUAAUUAGGGCACGAGUAGAAAUCAAUUCUAAACUUAAAGCAACAGUGAUAAGCUCAAGUAAAAUCAAUAAAACAAUAACAUUCACAACAAUAAUAAUAGAAAUAAAAGUCCAAAUGCUAAAGAAAAAAUUGAUCCAAGUCAAUUCUAGGCUAGUUCUCCAACUGCUUAAAACUUCUCACCUAUUGCAAGAAAACGUUAAGGAAGAGCAGCUGAUGCUGCCUUUGCUGCUGAAAUUGAUAAGAGAUUCUAAAUUUAUGAACAGUAAAUGGAUAGUGUUGAGAUGAAAUUCGACAGUCUUAAAAGGUAAAUGGACGAUAAAGUGUCGAGAGAUGAUGUUAGAAAGCUUACUUCUGAUAAGAUUUCUAAAGAAGAUCUAGACAAUAUUAUACCUAAUGAAGAAAUCACCUAAGAGAAGAUGAAGUACUUGGUGAGAGAAGAAAUAGAAAUGCUAUGGGGUAAACUUAAUGAGCAGUUUAAGCAAGUUGAUAAUAAGAUGAUAAGGCUAAGGGCUGAAAUAGAUAUUCAUUCUAUAUAGAGAUAAUUAGAAAGAAAGGCAAAUGAAGAUCAAGUUCGAUCUGAUUUCAAUAAUCAUGAAUUCAAGAUUGGAACAUUAGAUAGGAAUAUUAUAAGAAUGGCUAGUGAUUUCGAAACUUUCUAGCUUGCAAUAACUAAAAUUCAUGGUGCUAUAGUUGAGCUGUAAGAAGCUAACAGAGAUGUUUUACUUGGUAAAAAAACUAAUAACUGCUUAAGCUGCGGUAAGGGAGGAGAUACUGGUUAAACAGUCAAGGGUAAGGACGGAAGAAUAUAUAAGGCUUCAGAAAAUCAAUAGGCAAAGCUUCAUUAAGAUGAUUCAGUCUUGAUUGGAGGCCAAUAUCAGAACUAUGAUUAAUAAAAUCCAACUGCUGGAUAGUAGCUUUAAAUGAACUAGUCAGGAUAUGACUUGAAUGCCAAUCAAUAAGAAUUCUUUAAAAUGAGAGCUUCAAAUAGCUUCUAUGAUUCAGGCUUGGGUGUUUAUGAUAAUUAAUCCAUAAAUGCUUAAAACUUGCCUUAAUUACACAAUAAAAAGAGCAGCAUUCAUGCAAAUAAUGCAAUUAUCAAAAGUAUAGCUUAAAACUCAGGGCUAAAUAUAUCAGGCACUGGUAAUGCUAAUAGCAAUACCUCACUUGCUUAGAAUAAUAACAAUUCUUCUUUCUAAUAAUCUAGAAAGAAGCUUCCUUUUGGGUUUUAAGUCCAAUAGGAAAAGAAAGAACUAUUAAAAAUCCAACCUAGAGGAAAGUCUAGUUAGAACAUGAAAAGAGCCUAGUCAAAUAGAAUGCAUGAAGGGUAAAGACCUGACUCAGCUCAUGUUCGAGAUGGAAACUAUAAUUUUAAUAGUACUUUUGAAUAAUGA